AUGUCGGCCACUUAUCCAGAGCGGCGGCCAUACGCCACCACAGUACCGCAUAGUGGUUAUCUUUCCAAGCCUACGCUGCCGCCCGUCGAGGCACUUCGUAUCCUCAGCAGCACUGUUGGCAUUGACCUGCCGCGUAGCGUUCGCCACAGUGCGAACACUCUCCUGCGGCGCUCCCCGACACCAAGAAGUGUAUCACCGACUCGCGGUGUGCAACUCUUUAAGCCGCCUACGCUUGAGACCGCCACACCUUUCGAGUUCCAGGAGAAGGACUACCACAAGUCUCAGCAAUCUGUGCUUAACGUGCAGCUAAGCAACGCGGUAGAGGAACUCUUCAAGGUGUGGCGUGUGAAGGUGAGGGAUUUAAUGCACUAUCUCGAUUCCUUUCCGUGUGAAGCAGGCCACUCAUUUUCACGAACAAACGGCGCACUGAGCUCCUUCUUUGAAGGCUACCGCACCACUGACAUCACUCCGAUGACGGCCCAUCAGCUUGUGAACGACUUUAAGCUUUGUACCUCGGUAUCGAUGCUUGACGAAAUUCAGAACAGCCCCGAAGUCUUGGGAGAUCAGGUUCGUGCUGCGCUCGAUGCGCUGCUGAAUGCAAAGCAUUUCCUCGCGCCACUUGAGAACUUUGUGGACCGGCUGGAGCCCAUAGCAGCGUUCGCGCUGCCCGACAAGCGACCAGAGUGCUUAGACGGCACCCGCGGCCCGGUAUGGCCAAGCAAGGUGGCCGUUGCCCUUCACGAGAAGUUUCACUACGACCCCUCAGAGUAUGUUCUUGCUGAGCUCCGGAAGAGUGACCAACCGAUAGAACGGCUGGAAAACCGCGUGCUGCAGGUGAAGGAAAGGAAGGAGGAUGCAAUCGAUCGUGAGAUACCGGGAGAUGCACUCAACUACCUCACUACGCAGGUGGACCUCAGUAAUGACCUCCUCUUGAUGAAUAAAGCCCGUAUGGAGUUGGUGUAUCUACACGGCAAGGACAUACAGGAGAUGAAGAGGAUGCUGGAAGAUCUCAUUGUGGAUGCGCGACACAGCGUAGAGUUAUUGAAGGGGCGUGUGGAGCGUGACAUGCCGUUGGUAAAGAAGGACAUCGACGGUGUUUAUCAGGAUGUAGAGAAUACUCAGAAGCACAUUAAGGACUUAGAUCAAAAGAACGCUGAGGCAAACAAAGCCGCCCACGAGGCGUACUCAAAGCUGAACGACACAGAGGUUGAGCUGUGGGUCCUGUUAACAGACACGAUACGCAAGUUGGUAGACAUUGCUGGUGAGAAGGAAGCAUUUGUCCGCAACGAAAUGCGCCUCCGUGAGCUCCGAGGUCGAGAUAUGGCAAUUGCCGAGGAGCUACUCGCCGCACAGCAAAGCUACUUUUCUCGCCUUCGCAAGAGUGAGGACGUACUUAAGAGGUGGGAGAACGCAGCGGAGACGUAUGAAGCCUACGUGCAGGCGUACGUGCCAACUCUGUUGAAGAAGAUCCACGACGCUGAGGAGGCCGACAAGGAUUUGUACAAUCGUGAGGCACAAAACUAUGUCCGACGGUACGAGAUGUUCGAGUACGCCGUGGAAGAGGGCCGCGCGACCCGCAGCGUUCAUGUGGAUCGUCUACAGACAUUACAGCGGUCGAAAUUGUUGGAUGUGGAGCGGGCAUUGUCGACCCUCGACCCCUUCGCAGACAAGUACCGAAAGGAGCUUGAUGAGGCUCAAGCGCAGCUGGACGAAGGUUUGGCAUUCAUCCAGCUUGUCGAAAACCUUGCCAAGGAGCGUCGCGGGGAGGUGGAACCGAUUCUGCAGCACGUCAUCUCGUAUAACCGCACACUGCAGACCAAAACAUUGGAGAUUGAAGCCGAGGCUGAAGCACAGGCGCUGCUGCUGCGUGAUGGACCUGCAACGGAGGGCGCUCCAUCCACGAUGAACACUGUGGACGCCAAGGUGGACACAAGCCUUCUGCAGAGCGCACGUGGAAGCAGCGGCAAGCGUCCCGCAACGGCAGCAGUUUCCGAAGUAACGCACUUCUGCGAUGCCCCACCAACGUCGGCUGCACUAAGACUGCGCAGUGUUGUUGAUGCCAAUAACAUGAUGUGCACCGUUUCGCACCCGCAUGUCAUGGCGCGCACUGUUGGAAUUAAUCAUGAGGAGGCCUUCCUCGAGAAGUACCGUCGCUUCACAGAUGAGGAACAGGUGGCUGUGGAGGGCGUGGCCGGUCGUGUUCGGCAGUCAAACACCAGUUUGGAGAUGCUCGGUGAGAAGUACAACAAUAAGGAUUACAUCCGAAUGUUGCUUCUGAGCCCAGGGGCGAAACAAAGCAACAGCGCAACCGAGGCUGCUGUAGAGGAGUGCGCAUAA